AUGGCAUGCGUGAAGGUGAAGAUUGUCUCUACUGAAUGCGACGAGCAUGACUGCCCGCGUGCCAUGUGCACCCAGUGCAUUUCAAUUCCGGCUGGCGACGUGCAGUACCUACAGGAGCCGGAUGUCAAAUUUCGCUGUGUCCACUGCCAUACGGCCUUGGACAAGAAGUUGAAAGAGGUCACGCCAUACUAUGGAUUUUAUAGGGAUGCUCAGCCCAUUUUCCAGUCAUUCCUGCCCAUCGUUGGACAGUUAACCCUUUCUAAAUGUUCCCAGAUUUCUUCAAAGCCAGCCCUCAUCAUUCAUUUCAAGGUUGUUGGCUUCGAGAACACUGCGAGCCCAGUUGACAGCGGUCCAUUCCUACCUUAG